AUGAUGGCGGACAUAGUUGAUCAAUCCAGACAGGCGGGUGACGAGAAGGCGGCGAUUCAACACCAUGAGCAUAGUGACUCUGAGCAGCAUAGUCACCAGGAAAAGAUUGGAUCCGGAUCUGGAUCAGAAGAGGCUAUGCAUGAGUCCGAAAUGGAUAUUCCGAUGACCUUCCGUCGCUUCAUGGGCUUUGUGGCCAUGGCUUUCUUGUGGACUGGAAGUCAAAUCCCAGUUUAUCUGUUUGGCGGUAUUCCACCCUAUAUUUAUAGAGACAUUGGUGGAGCAGAUCGAUGGGUCUGGUUUGUUCUUGCAAACCUGCUCGGUCUCGCAGGUGUAUGUCCAUUCGUUGGAUCUAUAUCCGAUCUAAUUGGACGCCGCCUAGUUGCUAUCAUCGGCGCCUCUCUUAUUGUCAUCGGAAUGAUUAUCUGCAGCACAGUGCACACAAUGAACAACUUCAUCGCUGGUAUGGCGAUUGCUGGUGCUGGUGCCGGAAUUAACGAGCUGACAGCUCUGGCUGCAACCUCUGAAAUGGCUCCCACCAGAAAGAGAGGAGUUUAUGUUUCAGCCUUGAUUUUCACCAUCGUGCCAUUCUGCCCAUCUGUAUUGUGGGCUCAGCUUAUCGCAUACUACAGCAAUUGGCGCUACGUUGGAGCGUUCUGUGGUGCAUGGAGUGCCUUCGGCCUGCUGAUCACUAUCUUGUUCUACUUCCCUCCGCCACGAGUCAAUUCUGCUGGUUUGAGCAAGAAGGAGAUCAUCGGACGAAUUGACUUUGUGGGUGGCUUUCUCAGCAUCACCGGUCUGAUUAUUUUCUUGGCUGGCUUGCAGUGGGGUGGAUAUAUGUAUCCCUGGGGCUCUGCUCAUGUCCUGGCACCCCUGAUCAUUGGGUUCCUUCUUCUGGUGGCCUUUGGUUUCUGGGAGAUAUAUGGAGCCAAGUAUCCCAUCUUUCCGUCUCGCCUGAAGCAAGAACCUCGGACACUGGGCCUUACACUUGUGAUUACCUUUAUCUCCGGUGCCAACUUCUUCUCCGUCCUGAUGUUCUGGCCCACACAAGCAUUCAACGUCUACGGUCAUGAUCCGGUAGCAGUGGGUGUUCGAGGUCUCCCCAUUGGAUUCGGGAUCAUGGCAGGUGCAUGUAUCGUCCUUGCGCUGCUCACUGUUCUCCGGGGCCACAAUAAGGAACUCUUGAUCAUCAGUAGUGUCCUGAUGACAGCGGGAUGCGGUGCUAUGUCUAUCGGCCGCACUGACAAUAUGUAUCAACUUUGGGGCAUUCUCGUCCUUGCCGGCUUAGGAAUUGGAGGCAUCGUUGUGCCGGCCUCAAUUAUCACCACAAUCAUUUGCCCAGAUGAUCUUAUUGCUACCAUCUCUGCGCUCACUCUAUCUAUUCGCGUAGUAGGCGGAAGCGUCGGCUACACCAUCUACUACAAUGUCUUCAUUUCCAAGUUUGUUCCCGCCGCAACAUACUAUAUCGGUGGUGUGAUGAUGAAAGAGCUCAAUGUCACCGAUGUCAAGCUCAUCGGCGAAGCAAUUGAACUGACUGGUGCCUCACUGUUGGACGAGCUACGUCUAAUUCCCGGGAUCGCUGGAAAUGAGACUGCCUAUCAGAUGGUCGUCGGAGCGGGGCAACUCGCAUAUGCUGAAGGAUACAAAUGGGUAUACUAUGUCAGCAUUGCAUUUGGUGGUGUCUCUAUCGUAGCCGCCUGCUUUAUGGGCAGCAUCAAGAAGUAUAUGAAUGACCAUGUUGCCGUUGUGAUGUGA